UGUAAUUCAUAUUCUAUUGAACAAAAGAAACAAGUUGUCGUCUAUGCUAAAGAAAAUAAGAAAAAUAAAGCUGCAGCAGCCUUUAAGCUUGAUCCUAUCGGUUCUGGUCAAAAAGAAUUUUACCCUAGAGCAGAAAAAAGACUAUAUGAUUGGAUUAUAGAACAGAGAAAAAAAGGAUUGGGCAUUUCUUAUAAGAUUGCACACAUUAAGAUGCUAAACAUUUUAAAAGAACCUGAUAUAAUAAUUCUUUAUAGAAAUUUAGUGAACAAUUUUAAAACAUCAAAUCGUUAG